AUGAGACAAUCUGCAGCGGAUGCUGUGAUCCUUCUGAAAAAUGAUCGAGGAAUCUUACCAUUACCCAAAACAGGCAAACGAAUAGCGGUGAUUGGACCUAAUGCGGAAAGAGCCCAGAUAUUCGGUGGUGGGAGUGCCGCACUCAAACCGACAUAUACCGUCAGUCCAUUGGAAGGUAUCGGAGCAGCUGUAGGGGAAGGAUCAGAAGUGGUUUAUGCAAGAGGGUGUGAUGCUCAUAAGUUAACACCUUUGAUCGGUGAAGAACUUCGAAAUUCAAAUGGACAACUUGGAUUCGACAUAACUUUCUAUAACGAACCUUCGUCUUCCACUUCUAGAAAGGCUAUACAUAAAUUGUCAACUACCAAUUCGAGCAUGUUUUUCAAUGAUAAUUUGCCUGAAAAACUGAAUAGAGCAUGUUAUGCCACUGUCAGCGCUACGUUCACUCCUUCCCGUUCGGGGAUUUACCAAUUUGGUGUAGGGGCUUUGGGUAUAUCGGACUUAUACGUUGACGAUGUUUUGUUGAUUGAUAAUUCCACUUCGCCAAUUCCUGGAGAAUUAUUUUACGGUAAAGGAUCUCGAGAAGAGAUUGGCGAGAUCCACUUGGAAAAUGGAGUUACCUAUGGUAUAAGGGUGGAAUAUGCUUCUCCGUCAGCUUCGACAUCAUUCGUUGGACCUUUAGCGUUAAGCUCAAGAGGUGGAUUGAGAUUCGGUGGAUAUCUGAAAUUAUCACCGGAGGAACAUAUACGGGAAGCUGUGGAAUUGGCAAAAUCAGCUGAUAUAGUCGUGUUAGUAGCUGGACUGAAUGCUGAGUUCGAAACGGAAGGAUUCGAUCGUCAAUCAAUGUCACUCCUCCAACCCACCCUUAACCUCAUCGAAACUAUCCUAUCUGUCCGACAAGAUAGGGUCGUAUGUUUACAAAGUGGUACACCCCUCGAAACACCGUUCAUCGACCGAUGUAGUACAUUAGUCCAUUUCUUCUAUAAUGGGAAUGAAACGGGUAAUGGUCUUUCUGAUGUCUUGUUCGGGGACGUUAACCCUUCUGCGAAAUUACCAUUUACAAUUGCAAGAUUGUUGUCGGAUUGCCAGUCACAUAAGACCGAGAGGCGCUUCCCAGGUGUGGAAGGGAAGGUAUAUUACGAUGAAGGCGUUUUUGUUGGGUAUAGACAAUUUGUCACGCAUGGUCCGGAAUCGGCUUUCCCAUUCGGUCAUGGAUUAAGUUAUACAUCAUUUGAAUAUCAGAAUACUAGAACUUCUCUUACGACUCUUGAACUGGACUCUUCCACAUCAAUCGAAAUAUCAUGUACGAUCAAGAACACUGGCUCAGUAGUGGGAAGGGAGAUUGUCCAAUUAUAUAUCUCCCCUCUUAAUGGACAAGAGCAAAGACCCAAGAGGGAACUGAAAUCGUUCAAGAAAACAUCUCUAAUACAACCUGGUAAAGAGGAAGUAGUGAAUAUGAAAUUGGAUAAAGAGUCAUUCGCAAUUUGGGACACGACGAAGAGUACAUGGAUAAUACCAAAAGGUAAAUAUGAGAUUAUGUUAGCUUCUUCUUCGGAGGGCAUCCGUGAUACUAUCACUAUUUCAAUAGAAAGUGAUUUUUCAUUUUAG